CGACUCCUUGACCUCGACGACGACCUCAGCCUACUAGAGGUCACUACAUCACAUUAAUUGCUUGCACGCUCAGCACUUCUAUUGUCGUCUGGUAUUGUGCGGACAUUGGUUAGAGCCACCUAGCCUGACGUGGUACUAGCGAGCCUGCGACUUUCCGUAUCAAGCACGUUCUGGUGGUCGUGUUGUAGCCGCUCGGGCUUGCAGCGCGGUUGCCACCGCCUUUGGCAGACAAUACACCCUUCUUCUCCUCAGACAACAUGCGCCGUUGAGCGCAGUCAGACAUCGAAACGUGCCCCUCCCUCUUUCCUCAUACCGUGGUAACGACGUCUGUGGUUUCGUCUCCCGUGCAUUGACGAGGAACUUCGCGGCCACUUGAACGCGCAUACGGUGUACCGCUCAGCAUGCUCUCAGCCAGAGUACUCUGUUCAGCUCUUUCUCUCGCAGGCGCACCCAUCGCUACGUGGGCAAUCAGCGUCACUGAGAUCCAAGGCAACUCAUUCCGGUCGCCUUACGAGGGCCAAACCGUCAACGAUGUGUAUGGCAUCCUGACCGCAAAGGACAAAUACGGCGGGUGGAUCUCCGACGUGCCCUCCUCCGACCCGCGCGAGUCUAACGGCAUACGCAUCUACGGCCCGCACGCCCUUCGCGGCGUCUCCGUCGGCGACGACAUCUCCCUCACGGGGCGGGUCGCGGAGUACCGCGCCGCGAACAACCCGAACGACCUCUCGCUCACCGAGCUCGACCUCAUCCGCGACAUCAUCGUCUUCUCGCACGACAACCACGUCGCGCCCGUGCUCCUCGGCGAGGAUCGCACGCCGCCUAAGGGUCAGCCCUCCGCGUACGACGACGGCCCGGACGGGUGGCUGUCCGUACCGAACAAUGUUACGCGGCUCGAGGAGGAGAACGAGGUGUUGCGCCCGGAUUUGUAUGGCCUGGACUUUUGGGAGAGCUUGGAGGGACAGCUGGUCACGGUGCCGUCGCCUGUCGCGGCCAACUUCCCGGACUGGUUCGGUGCUGUGUGGGUAUAUGGGGCUUGGCCGGUGGCAGGGCUAAACUCGAGAGGCGGGUUGACUGUCCACUUUCCCGAGUCGGGAGGAGCACCCGACGCACACUCCGGGGCUAUCCUCAUUGGCCGUCCUCUGGAUGAUACCAAGCUGCCGCGCGCAUAUAUGGGUAUGGAGAUGAGCGAUAUCACAGGCGUCGUGACAUAUCAGUUUGGCAACUACUACGUCUUGCCUCUGACCGCGCCCGACAUCGUCUCAACGCCCGAUGAGUGGCCAUCACCGACCACUCUCCUGUCAGGGUCGAGCCCGUGCUCCCUCACUAUCGGCGACUACAAUGUAGAGAACAUGGGCCCGCGCUCCUGGCACCUCCCCACCAUCGCCGACCACAUUGUCAGCUACCUCAACGCGCCCGACAUCGUCUUCCUGCAAGAGAUCCAGGACGACUCGGGCACGAAGAACGACGGGACGGUGUCCGCGGACAAGACGCUCAGCAGGCUCACCGCGGCGAUCGCGCGGGUGAGCUUGUACGAGGCGCAGUACGAGUAUGCGUACGUCGCCCCGGAAGAUAAUAUGGAUGGCGGGCAGCCGGGUGGGAAUAUCAGAGUGGCGUACUUGUGGCGUCCUGCGAAGGUAUCUCUGGUAUCUGGUUCGCCUGCUGGGAACGCAACAGAGGCGACAGAGCCUGUUCUGGACGAGCAAGGGAAGGUAACUCUGAGCUUCAACCCGGGACGUAUCGAUCCCAUCAACACAGCAUGGGAGGAGGCGCGCAAGCCUGUUGCGGCAGCGUGGCAGACGAAUAAUGGAGAGCGGUUCUACACCGUGAACGUCCACUACAGCUCGAAACGUGACAGUUCGUCCGCGCAGGGCGAUGCGCGGCCGCCUGUAAACGGCAAGAGCGAGCAGCGCACAGCGCAAGUGAACGUCACCGCAACCUUCAUCUCGUCGCUCCUGGACCUCGACCCCACCGCACACAUCAUCGUCGGUGGGGACAUGAAUGAGUUCCUGCAGACGCGGAGCGUCUUUGCGCCCUUUGUUGGGCUGCUCACGGACAUGAACGAGGUCGCAGGGGUUCCGCCGUCGGAGCGGUACACGUACGUGUACGAGCAGCACGCGCAGGAGAUCGACCAUAUCCUCGUGUCGGACGCGGUCAAGGCGAAGGGCGGGGCCGUGGAACAUGUGCAUAUCAAUACGUGGGCGACGAGCAAGGGCGCGCAGACGAGCGAUCAUGAUCCGACUGUGGCGAAGGUGUGGGUGUGCGCGAGCGAGGAUAGGGAAGUAGGCUCUGCGCAUGAUAGUGAUUCUGACCAGGGUAUCGUGCAAGCUCCUUGGAACCAGAUCAUUGUGCUAUAAGCGCGCCCUGCGACCAACGAUCCAGUUUGUCAUUAUGACUGUCCCAUGAUGAGACAGCAGUUUACAGUAUAGGAUUUCGCUAUGGUACAGGGUGGUCAAUGCAAGUGGGGCGCGUCCUAGAUGUACCGGAAGAUGUUGGCUUUCUAUUGUAAAUGAAUGUACUAUCAGUAUCCUGUGUACCUAGGUGUGUUUCAUGAAUUGUACAUACCACAUUGCGCCGGUAUCCACCUUCCACUUGACCGCCUUCAAAUUCUGAAUUAGCCAGCGAGCCUUGACGCUCCUUCCAUUUAUCCAUCAGCGCAGCAUCCUGCUCGGCUACGGUCAUUUUGUGAGGCUUGGGUCCGGGUUGCUCGGGUUUAUGUGCUUCGUCCACUAGUUCUGCACUGCUCGCUUGUGAUGCUUGUGCAGCGUCGUUUUGAGCGGCAUCCUCUGCAGCUAUCUGCGUGUCGUGCUGCCUGAUAUU